CCCACGAGGUACCCAGCAUUCUAUAUCCAAUUGAAGAUGGCAGAUAAAACCGCAUCACCAGUUGCUGCAUCAACGGCAUCUCCAGCUCCUAAGACUGAAGCUGUGAAGAAAGCUGCGAAGGCUAGGAAUCCCAAGCCUAAACCAACUCAUCCCAGCACAGCUGACAUGGUCAACACAGCUGUCAAAACCCUUGCUGAACGUAAUGGAUCAUCUCUUCAAGCCAUCAAGAAGUACAUCGCUGCCAACUACAAGAUUGACACCGAGAAACACGCACUCUUCAUCAAGAAAUACCUGAAGUCAGCAGUUGCUGCUGGAACUUUGGUGCAGACUAAAGGAAAAGGUGCAUCUGGAUCGUUCAAACUCGCUGUGAAAAAGACUGACGCUUCGAAGCCAAAAGCCAAACCCAAGGCUGCCAAGAAGGAGGGAUCACCGACAAAGGCAGCUGUCAAGAAACCUGUCAAGAAGACCGAAGCAGCGAAACCCAAAGCCAAGAAAGCAGCUUCUCCGAAGAAAACUGCAGCGAAAAAACCUGUUGAGAAGAAAGCCGCCAAGCCAAAAGUCACUAAAGCCGCUGCUAAACCGAAAAGUCCGAAGGCAAAGAAAGCUACUAAAGUGCCAACUGCUAAACCCAAGGCGCCCAAACCGAAAAAGGCUGUGGCUCCGAAGGCUAAGCCAGCGGCUAAGAAGACAGCCCAGAAGAAGUGAACUGGAUAUACUACUUCGAUUAAACUAUGAUUAUAACCAAACGGCCCUUUUCAGGGCCAAUAAUUAUUUAUGAACGUACUAAUUCAUUUGCUAUUCCAACUUGUAUGCGAAAAUUAUUUUCGUUGCAUAUACUGAGACCUUCAGAUUUUAUUUGCCGAAAAUUUUUUUAACGAUUUCAACUAAGUGUUGAAUUUCAAUUUCAAUAAUUGCAUAACUAAUGAAAUUAAUUGAAUUGAAAUAUACAUAAAAAAACAGGACUUGGCCACUUCGAUGAAUAAUUCUAUAUUUCAAUACUGCUGCAAGUUAGUAGUUAUUGUAAAUAUAUCAAUUUAAAAUAUUUACUUUGACCAUUCUCAAAAGAAAAAAUACCGAAGGGAUCAACUGCGACCAAUUAAGUAAAUAAUUGAAAUGAUUUCUACUUCGUAUAAUUUUUUCCGGGAUAUUAAAUAAAUAAUAGGCAUUCCGGCAGUUUCGCUUUCACAUUAAAAUACCUCUGUUAUUCCAAACGAUACGUAAAAAUAAAUAGUUAAAGUAAAUUCUAUUUAAUUGCAAGAAGCACAAAUAUUAAUUGA